AUUUCGUCGGCGUGUUCACAAUACUGUGAUGAAGAUAAUAGACAAGAUUGAAAACAGGGCUACUUAUGAGAGUAUAAGUAUUAAGAAUAACAAUAAUGUCCCAUUAAAUUCUGUCUCAUCAAAUGCUACAAGUGAUACAGUAUGUGAAGAAGAUACUGCAAGCAAUUUGCCUAUACUUUGCAAUGAUUUGCAUACUGACAAUCCAUCUGACAGUGAUAAUGAAUUGUUAAAUCAUGGAAUGUGUGGAUAUGAAGAAAAUGAACGUAGAUGUUUGGCUACAUUACAUUCAUCAUUGGAAAAGAGUGAAGACAGCGAUCAAGAUGAGGCAACGUCAGAAACCUUCUGUCGCAUUUAA